CAUGUGCUGCUGCUGGAGUUGACACGGUUCCAGGCAACUGCCUCUGCUGGCGGCGCCUGUGCCCAGGCGGGGCUGUUGCCUUCUCCCCCUCCUGGCCUUUCUGGGCAGGGCUUGGCUGGGAUCCCUCGCCCCGCUCCAGCCCCUUCAGUGCUGGUGGGGCUCUCUCCCCACUCCACCCAGCCCCUUAGGGGUCUCCCCACUUCCCCACCUAGAGGGCUUUCGUCCCCCUCUCCCUCCGCCUGUGACUUUAUUCCAUCGCUCUGCUCUCUUUCCCUCUUUGCACAAUGGCAACUGAGGAGCUAGAAAGAAUCCUUGCAGACUUACUGCGGCCUGACAAUGCCAUCAUCCAACAGGCCACAGCCCAUCUGAAAGAGGCCUUGAAGCAGCCCGCAGCACUAUCCCACCUCUGCCAGGUUAUGUCACACUCUCAGGACCCCCAGAUUCGACAGUUCGCAGCAGUGUUGGUGAGAAGGCGCCUGACCAAACACUGGAAGAAGCUCAAUGCAGCUGAGCAGGACACGCUGAAGAAGCUCGUGUUGGCAACGCUGCAGCAGGAAGCAGACCAUAAGGUUUCCUUAGCGCUGGCCCAGCUGGCGGCCGUCAUCCUGAAGAACGAGACGCUGGAGAAAUGGCCGCAGCUGCUCCACGUCAUCCAGCACGGAGCCCGCUCCCAGGACCCCACCCAGUGCCAGGUGGGACUGCUGCUGCUCAACUCUGCGUUGGAACUGGACCCGGAGGUCUUCGCUCCUCACUACAAAGAUCUCCUGCGCCUCUUCCACCAGAUGCUCAAUGACCGCGGGCAGCCGGCCACGCUCUACUACUCGCUGCGGAGCCUGAGCACGAUGGCGGCUGGCCUGGGCUCCGAGGAGAUGAAUCUGAUGUCUUCCAUGGUGCCAAAGCUGAUAGCGGCCAUUCGAGAACUGAUUCGAGUCAACGAGGCCCAGGCUAGUGAAGUGAUGGAGGUCUUUGAUGAGCUCAUGGAGACUGAAGUUUCGAUCAUCGUUCAGCAUCUCUCAGAGGUCGUUGGCUUCUGCCUGGAGGUGGCCUCCAAUCAAGCGCUGGGCGACAACCUCCGAGUCAAAGCUCUGUCUUGCAUCAGCUUCCUCAUCAAACUCAAAGGCAAGGCCAUCCUGAAGCACAAGCUCCUCUCGCCCAUCCUGAGCGCCCUCUUUCCCAUCAUGAGUGCCGAGCCCCCGCCUGGCCAGAUGGAUGCUGAGGACGAGCAGACGGAGGAGGACAUCGAAGACAGAGCUGAAGUCCAGACGCCCAAGCACUUUGCGGCCCAGGUGGUGGAUAUGUUAGCGCUGCACCUUCCCCCGGAGAAGCUCUUUCCUCAGCUGACGCCGCUGAUGGAGCCGGCGCUCCUGAGCCCCAACCCUUACCAUCGCAAAGCCGGCCUCAUGUGUCUGGCGGUGCUGGCUGAAGGCUGUGGCGACCACAUCCGGAACAAGCACCUUCAGCCCAUGCUGCAGGUGGUGUGCCGGGCGCUGUCGGAUGAGAGUCAGGUGGUGCGCAACGCCGCGCUCUUCGCCCUGGGCCAGUUCUCUGAGAACCUGCAGCCUGAUAUUGCCCGCUAUUCCGACGACAUCAUGCCUCUGCUUCUGCGCUACCUGGAGGGCGUGGAGCUGGCUCACACCAGCCACUUGGCCAAGGCCUACUAUGCCUUGGAGAACUUCGUGGAGAACCUCGGAGAGAAGAUCUCGCCGUACCUCCCUGCCCUGAUGGAACGGAUGCUCAUGACCCUGAGUUCCCCCGGCAGCCCCCGCACCAAGGAGCUGGCGGUCAGCGCCAUCGGAGCCGUUGCCCAGGCUGCCCAGGAGGGCCUCCUGCCGUAUUUCCAAGCAGUCAUGGACCACCUGAUGGGUUACCUGCUCACCACUCGGGAGGACCUUAGGCCCGUCCAGAUCCAGUCCAUAGAGACUUUGGCUGUCCUCGCCAGUGUCAUGAAGAAGGACGUCUUCCUGCCGCUUGCUGAAAAGUGCUGCCAGCUGGGGCUGGACCUCUGCGACCAGGUGGAUGACCCUGACUUGAGGCGUUGCACGUACAGCCUCUUUGGCUCACUCGCGGCUGUGUUAGAGGACUCCAUUGCUCCGUACCUGCCUCGCAUCACCACCUUCAUACUCUAUUCCCUCAAGUCCACCGAGGGCAUCGAGCCUCGCUACGGCACUGGCAGUUCUUUCCUUCUGUUUGACGACGAGGAAGAGGAGGCCGAGGUGGAGGGAGACGAGAGCCUGACCGACGACGAGGAAGAUGAUGACUCUGAGAUUACAGGGUUGAGUGUGGGAAAUGCCUUUAUGGAUGAAAAGGAGGAUUCCUGUGUAGCCCUGGGAGAGAUCGCCACCAAUGCCAGUGUGGCCUUCCUGCCUUUUCUGGAAAGCUCCUUCCAGGAGGUCUUCAAGCUGUUGGAGUGCCCCCUCAUCAAUGUGAGGAAAUCCGCUUUUGAAGCCCUGGGGCAGUUCUGCAUCUCUCUGCAUCGGGUUUGUGAACGCGAUCCGUCCGAACCCCACAGCGCUGCUCUCCAGAAGCUGCUGUCCAUGGUGCUGCAGGUUUAUACCAAAGGGAUCCGGGAAGACAAAGAGCGCCAGGUGGCAAUGGCCGUCCUGGAGAUGCUGGGCAAGCUGGUGAAGUCCUGCCGACAGGAGGCCAUCCGGGAGCCUGGCCAGCUGGCCGAGCUGUGCCGGGUGAUCCGGGAGGUGCUGGAGAAGAAAACAGCCUGCCAGGGUGCCGAUGUGGACGAGGAUGGCGACGACGACGACGAAGAGGAGGCAGAAUAUGACUCCAUGCUGAUUGAGUACGCGGGAGAGGUGAUCCCUGCGCUUGCGGAGGCCGCUGGGGGCGAGACCUUUGCCCCGUACUUUGCCGGCUUCCUGCCUCUGCUCCUCAACAAGAUGAAACCCAGCUGCUCCUCCGCCGACAAGUCCUUUGCAGUGGGCACCGUGGCAGAGACGGUCCAGGGCCUGGGCCGGGCCGCCAGCAGCUUCGUGCCGCGGUUGCUGCCGCUGCUGAUGGGAGCCGCGCGGGACCCGGACAAGGAGGUGUGCAGCAACGCGGUCUUCGGGCUGGGCGUGCUGGCGGAGCACGGCGGGGAAGCCAUGCACGAACACUACCCCAAGCUGCUGGGGCUGCUGUCCAACAUCAUCUCUCAGGAGCGGAGCAACCGGGUGGCCGAUAACGUCUGUGGGGCUGUCGCUCGGAUGGUGAUGGCCAACCCUGGAGGGGUCCCCAUUGGACAGGUUUUCCCCGUCUUGCUCCACGCCCUUCCUCUCAAGGAGGACUUUGAGGAGUACAAAACAGUCUUCCGUUGCAUCAGCUUUAUCUACGAGCACGAUCCUCAGCAGGUGUUGCAUCAGGUGGGGGAACUCCUGCGAGCCAGCAGCUCUGUCCUGAGCAGCAAGCACCUGCCGGCAGAUGGCCAGAACGCCUUGGUCACCCUUCUGCGUGACCUCUCCCGCCGCUGCCCGGCUGAGUUCCAGACGGCUGUCCUCUCCCUGCCUUCGGAAGCCGGCACCCUGGUCAACAUGGCGGUCAGCUCCACCUGAGGGGCCGAGGGCUCCCGGCUGCAGGGGACUGAACGCGCGGAGAGCGGCCCACCCACUCCCCUCCUGCACCUGGUUCUGCCUGGCACCCUCGAGACUCACUGACUGGCCUCCCCGUGACAUGAAGUGACGCUUCCCGUGUCUGUGGGUCCUUGUGACGGGCCCUCGAAAGCCCUUCUUCUCGUGCCCCGUGCCGGUUGUCCUAGUUCUCCGCCUUUGCCGCGCGUUGCGUUGUUGGCCUGCUUCCCUGGCCGUUUUCUUUCCCAAAGAGCUGCCUCCGCUUUGAAGUAGGUCUGUAUCCUUUCCGACUGUGAACCGAGUCUCUUUGUCCAGCACCCUCCAAGACUUCGCCUGGGGCAGUUACUGGACUGGGCUGGUGGCGCGAAGGACCCUCUCCCAGUCUUGCCCACCACGGCCGCUUGCUUUCUGAAACUGACCCUCACCACCGCUUCGGCCUGGCUUCUCGGCCUUGGUCCCCUGCUGGUGUUGGACUACAGCUCCCAUCGUCCCCUCCACCUUGGCCUGCAGUCUUGGAGGCUGAUGGGCGCUGUAGUCCAGUAGCAUCUGGGGCCCCAAGGCUGAAAUCCCUGCUUUUAAUUCCCCGUGGGGAAUUGGUACAACCAAAGUGGCGUGUGGAAGUCAAAGCAAAGCGUACCUGCAUGGAUGCCAGGCCUGAGGCUGGCUUCAUAGCGCCUGCAUUCAGAGUGGCAACUGAGAACUUCCUGGCCGUAGGAGGGGCACAAGAGAUGGAGAAGUGCCGGGCCUAGCCCAGGGCAAGCUUCCCCCCGAAGCAAUGCAGCCUGUAUCUCAGCGCUUCAGCCUGGCUGUCACAGGGAUUCCCAGCUGCUGUAGACUCCAACUCCCAUCAUCCCCAGCCCAUGGGGAUGCUGGGAAUUGUAGUCAGCAUCAUCUGGGAAUCCCUGUGACAGGGAACACUGGUGCUGAUUCUCCUCUCUGCCUGCCUCGGGACAACCUUGACCCAGAACAUGCCCCAGAGAAAGCAGCGGUUGGAGCGGGACUCAGCGCAGGCGGCCUGAACACCUUGCACGCGGCCGUUGCCUGGUGCAAGAAAGGGAGUGUGGUUUGUCUCCCCCCCCCCCGCCCCACAUCCCUGAGGCUGCCGCUUCCUCCUCCCGACAGGAAGAGUCUCUCGUACGUUGUUGAUCUUCCUGCGCUGAGCAGCAUGUGGAGAAAGUGAGUCACGGCAGAGACCCACUUCCUUCCUCUUCGCUCUCCGGGUCAAAGGGUUUGUUUUUGAUGGCAUGCAACAUCUCACCAGUAUUGGUCUCCCGUGUGGUCGUUGUAGCUUGCAGACCGUAGCCUGUUCACAAAGCCAGUGCACCAGCUUUUUCAGGGAAUGCCUUGCCCGCCGUUCUGUUGCCAAACACAGGGCCAGUUCCUGGUCCUCAGUGCGUUUGCCUCCCCCCCCCCCCACCGCCGUCGUUGCCAAGAGAGGUGGGUACCUCUGAGCCCCUUGUCUUUAGCCUUCCGUGCCCUGUUGGGAACCCUUCCCAGAGCUGCUUGGGCCACAUUCCCUUGCAGGGGAUGAUUUUUCUGCCAAAGUUUAAACGGUUCUUGAACAGUCCCUGAGGUGGCUAUUUUUGCAAGCGUGUGGACUGUUUGAGGUUUUUCAGAGGAUUCCUGGGACAAAAUAGCACUCGGUUAAUUGGCCGUUAUUUAAGACUUUACCUUCUGGUUUGGUUUUUUUGUGGGGGGUUUUUUGAAUGAAAGAUUAGAAUUAUAUUGUGUACCUUGCAAUAAAAAUAUCUUCUGGA